ACCAAAACAAAUCUUCCCCUUACGCGGUGCGAUGAAUGGCUGUCGAUUUGCCACCGUAUCUGCUCCUUUUCCCAUUCAGUCGCCGGAAUCAAAGCUCUGGAGUUGAACUUUGUGUUUAGUGCCCGUGUACCGUGAUAAGAAUCUGCAAUAUGGAAGUGGAUGGAAAUACGGUUUUAGCGAGGUCGCUUAAGGAGCAAGGCGUUGAAUAUGUAUUCGGUAUCGUCGGUAUUCCAGUGGUGGAGCUUUCGAUGGCGAUACAAGCUGAGGGUCUCAAGUUCAUUGGCAUGCGAAAUGAGCAGUCUGCUUGCUAUGCUGCACAGGCCAUUGGCUAUCUAACUGGAAAACCGGGAGUAUGUCUGGUCGUACCAGGACCAGGCCUGCUCCACGUUACAGCAGGUAUGGCGAACGCUCAAAUCAAUUGCUGGCCGUUGAUUGUAGUGGCGGGAGCUGCCUUCCAAGAUCAUGAAGGCAUUGGCGCUUUCCAAGAGUGCCCUCAGGUUGAUCUGAGCAGGCCAUACUGCAAGUACGCAGCCAGACCGGCAAGCAUUCCACUCAUCCCACAGCAUGUGGAGAAGGCCGUUCGUUUGGCAUGCUACGGCCGACCUGGGGUAGCCUACUUGGAUUUACCAGGAAACAUUUUGAUGUCAAAAGUUCCCGAAGAUAGCGUCCCGAAACAGUAUGUUCAUCCCGAACGACCGAUUGCGUUCCCUAACACGAAAUCGGUGAAAGAAGCGGCCCACUUGCUUGCCAAAGCCAAGCGACCAUUGGUAAUAGUAGGCAAAGGGGCUGCUUACGCUCACGCUGAACUGCAUCUCAGACAGUUGGUGCAUCAAACCAAUCUACCGUUUCUUCCAACUCCGAUGGGCAAAGGUGUAGUUCCCGACUUGGAUCCCCAGUGUGUGGCUCCGGCUAGAACUCUCGCGCUGCAAAAAGCGGAUGUCAUUUUGCUACUUGGAGCUCGGCUCAACUGGAUGCUCCACUUUGGUCGUCAACCCCGAUUCAGCCCAAAUGUCAAGGUCAUCCAGGUUGACGUGAGUGCCGAAGAACUGCACAACAGCAUCCUCAGCUCUGUGGCCAUUCAAUCGGACAUAGUUCCGUUUACAGAACAGCUAAUCGACGAGCUGGCCACUAUGCACUUCUACUUCGACAAAAACAACGACUGGUGGGUCGACCUGAAAGCCAAGUGCGAGAAGAACAAGAAAAUUGUCCAUCAGAUGGCCAUGGAGACGAAGAUUCCGCUGAAUUACCACGCCGUUUUCCAUCACCUUCAAGAAUUAAUUCCGAAGGAUGCCAUCAUUGUCAGCGAAGGAGCCAACACCAUGGACAUUGGUAGGACUUUCUUGCACAACAAAUGGCCCCGCCAUCGCCUGGAUGCCGGAACAUUCGGUACGAUGGGUGUUGGACCGGGAUUCGCUAUCGCUGCCGCUUUGGUGUGUCGGGAUCGAUUCCCCGGUGAGAAAGUCAUCUGCGUCGAGGGCGACUCGGCAUUCGGCUUCUCCGGAAUGGAAAUUGAGACAAUGGUUCGGUAUCAGUUGCCGGUCGUAAUCGUGAUCGUCAACAAUAAUGGAAUCUACUCCGGAUUCGACAAGCCAGUGUAUGAUGAGAUGCGUACUGGGGGGGAUCUUACUCAAGUAACUCCCCCUACUGCUCUGAAUGUUGAAACACGCUACGAAGCCAUGAUGAAUAUGUUCGGACUGAAGGGGUAUUUCGUUCGCACCAUUCCGGAACUACAGGAAGCAGUCAAAGAAGCACUAAUUUUGACCGAUAAGCCAACGAUCAUCAAUGUGGCGAUUAGUCCAUUGGCUGAUCGUAAGCCACAGGACUUCCAGUGGUUGACGGAGUCAAAGCUGUAAUAUGUGAUAGAUUUUCGCAUUAGCAUGCUGGUGGUUUAUAUGUCAGCGGGCUACCAAAAUAGGUUAUUUGGGUUGUGCAGGUGUGGAUAUUUUAUGUGCUGCUUAAGGUCCGGUUCAAGAAAUAUACAUUAAAAUAAAUAUUACUAUUAUAGUUAAA